CGUCAUGCACUCGGACAGAGCCGUGACCUGCUGCUCUGGCUAUGCUAGGGGUUCGCACCAACAGAUGUUCCGCAUAAAAAACAGUAAAUACCCGUUGUUUAUGAAAUGUACCGUAUUUAACGAUAAAGAUUUAGUAUUUAUAGAAGGUAAACAGUGUGGCUGCAGUUAUUCUCAUGAGCGGCGACGAGUCUUUAGUAGCGCAUGUUUAUAUUUUAAGUUUACCUCAGCUAGCUUGCUAGCUAACUUAAGCUUGUUUUCCAGCUAACCAGAUGUAAAACAGGAAUCGGAGCUACAUGAUUGCAAGCUCGCGGAAUUAGUCUAAUUAAACUCAAUCGAGCAGCAGCUUGACCCUCGUCAUCAUGGACUCCUGAAAUCUUCAGGCUUCAGCGACUCAUCAGGUCGCUUGUGGUUGUUUUGGACCAGAGGUCACCGUACAGCCUACAACCUGUCUGACCUCCCAAGCAGAGGGAGCGAGCAGAUGGGGAACAGUUGCUGCCCCGCUGAGAGUCCCUGUGGCAGUGCGGAGGAAAGAAGUGAGUUGCUGAAAGAUGACUCAAAGACCACGGCGCCCACAAGCGAAACAGUUGUGGUGGGCACUGAUGACAUAAGGAAAAUGCCUAAUGAGGCCAAUAUGAAGGUUGAAGUAAAGGCUGAGGUUGUGCAUGUGAAGCAGAGUGCCCAGGUUGCAGAGACGAAGCCCAAUAACACUCAGGAGAAUGGACCCUUGCAGAAGACGGUCUUACAAACAGCAAUGCCUUCUUCCAGCAAAGGGUCUGAACUCAAAGAUAACUCCACCAGAGCACAAGAUGAAGAUAUGAAGGGCCGUCCUCCAGAUAGAGGACAAGCUGAACUUCUGCAAUGCACUUUUAACUCCCCGCAGACAGAACAUGUCACAUCUAAUUGGGAGGUUUUUACAGCAACAAAUGCGGCAUCAGAAGAACACAAACCAGCCUCAAUGCAGGAUAAAAUCCCUGAUAGCAGCUCACUAACAGCCGAGGCAGUUUGCGCUGAAAACCAUACUGAGACAAACACAAGAGAGCACAUUACAUUGAACACUGCUCAUGAUAACGAUGAAGAAGCAGGCUCCAAAGUUACUAUUGACAACGUUGUAGCCGAGCCAUCAGGGGAGUUUUCUCUAUGUAAAGUGUUAUCUGCUCCAAACACUCAGCUCACUGCAGCAGCUUGUCAGGUGUCGUCCAUCUCUGUGGUCAGUGAGGAGAUCGACAAAGAGUCUCUCAGCUGUGCUGUGACAGAGGAUUCAGAGAAUGGGAGUUCUUCAGUGUGCAAGGAGGCCGGUCCUGAAGUCACAAAAAGCCAUGAUGUCUCUGAGUCUUCUCCUGGAUCAGAGCCCACGGGACUCAACCAUAGCGGUGAGGAACGAGGUGCCGCCAACUCUGUCAGGGAGCCAGAGACCACAGCUCCGGCAGACGCCAGCGAGAGCUCAAAGUCCGAUCAGGAUACAAAGCCAGAUCUUGAGUGUACAACUAUGAGGUCGAAGGAGGUCACUUCCUUGGAGAACAUCAAACAGGAUAUUAUGGAGGAAAUGAUGCUGAAAGGACAGGACAAAGAUGGAGAUGUUCCCCAAGCGAAGGAGGACGACGAGAUGAAGGAGGAGGCGGAGAACGCUCCCACAGAGGCCGAGACUCAGGCUGGGAAAGAUGCUGAGAUUCAGGAAGGAACUGGAAAAGAGGAGCAGCUGGCAGGAGGCACAUCCACUGAUGUAAAGGCUGAUAAGAUACCUGUCACAGAGAAGGAAGACUCUGCUGAAGAACAGGGGAACAGUGAAGAAGACUUGUACAGAGGAGCCGAGGAGCUGUCAGCAUCACAAGAAAAUAAACCAGGACCACCGCCUGUGUUAGGAACUACACUUUUAAAGGUGGAGGACAGAUGCAGUUUGGCCCCGGCGGUGGAUAUUCUGUCUUACAGUGAGAGGGAGUGGAAAGGAAAUACUGCCAAAAGUGCUCUCAUUAGAAAGGGUUAUAAAGAGAUGUCCCAGAGGUUUGGCAGCUUGAGGAGAGUGAGGGGAGACAACUACUGUGCCCUCAGAGCCACGCUGUUCCAGGUGCUUUCCCACAGCACCCAGCUGCCCGCAUGGCUGCAGGAGGAGGACAUUACUGUGCUGCCGAAGCAACUAGAUGCCCAGGAAGGUCUGAUAAGUCAGUGGACAUUUCCUGGAGAAUGCCUGCAGGGAGAUGGGACAGCAGAUGCUACCCUGCAGCUAAAAGGCUACAUGGAGCUUCUCCGAAAUAAGUGGCAGGCAGCAGUGGACUGCUCCUCUGCUGUGGAACGGCAGCAGCUGUGCGAGCGAGUGUUUCAGGGGGGAGAAGAGGAGCUGGGGCUGCUGGAGGCGCUCAAGCUGCUGAUGCUGGGCAGAGCGGUGGAGCUGCACAGCUGCAUGCAGGGCGGCAGAGACGUCCCGCUCUUCUGCUGGCUGCUGUUUGCUCGGGACUCAUCCGACUGUCCGCGCUCCUUCCUCUGCAACCACCUCAGCCAAGUGGGCCUCAGCGCCGGGCUGGAGCAGGUGGAGAUGUUCUUGCUGGGUUACGCCUUGCAGUGCACCAUUCAAGUUUACAGACUGUACAAGGCUGACACAGAGGAGUUUGUCACCUACUACCCAGACGACCAUAAGGACAACUGGCCGUCCGUGUGCCUCAUCACAGAGGAUGAUCGCCACUACAAUGUGCCAGUUGUAGAAGCUGCAGAACUACACAGGGAGCUCAACUCGAGCUGAUCGCCACUGCAGAGAAAUAUCCUGCCAUACAAACAAAACACUCCUCAGGUCGAUCAAGAUGAAUAGAUUUAUGCCAAUUAAAGGAAUAGUUUGACAUUUUGGGAAAUGUGCUUUCUUGCUGAGAGUUGGAUGAGAAGAUCGAUUUCACUCAUGUCUGUCCUUUUUAAAUAUGACACUACAGCUAGCAGCUGGUUAGCUUAGCACAAAUAAUGCAAACGGGGAAACAGCUAGCCUGGCUCUGUCCCAAGGUAAUGAAAUCCGCCUACUCAGUAAUUUGUUUAAUCUGAACAAAAACUGAAUUGUAAAAAUACGGACUAUUUCUUGGUGAGGCGCAGUCACUUCCUGGAGUCUUGUCAUCACUGUGCGGUUAAACAAAAAGAUAUAACGUGUUAUUUAGUGAGCUUUAGAAGUACUGGUAAACAGAUUUUGCUAGCUUAGGACAGAGCCGGGCUAGCUGUUUGCCCAUUUCCAGUCUUUAUGCUAAGCUGAGCUAACUGGCUGCUGGUGGUAGCUUCAUAUUUAGCGUACAGACAUUAGAGUGGUAUUGAUCUUCAUAUCCAACUCGCAGCAAGAAAGCAAAUUAGCAUAUUUCUCAGAAUAUCGACCUAUUCCUUUAAAAGAAUAUGCUGAUUUGCGACCCUGUACAAGAUAUGGUUUACACACUUUUGUACGCACUGUACUGUAUACAGAGUUUUCUAUUUGGGUAUGUGUACAUAUAUUUGCAUCUGAUAUUGCAGGAUCAUCUCAGUUAAGUCCAAAUUUGUUUGCAGGUUGUCAUUUUGACUUUCAGGUGGGGUGGGAGCCCAAAUUUUUCUGAGCAACCUUUUAUGUACAGUGCCGAAACGAUUAGAUGGUUGGUGUUUACACUGGAAUUUGGGCACUUUGAUUUGUGUAUUUAUUCUUUUUCAUUAUGUGAGGAAAAAAGCAUUUUAAAUUACGAAGUGUGACAGUCCUAAGUGAGAAAUCAAUGAAUUAGUCAAUGAAGGGUUUGCUGAUUUAUCAGGUUUAACAGCAGUUCACACCAGACGAUGAUCGGAGGGCUUGGAGGAUUAAUCGCAGCCUCUGUGUCAGAGGUUUUUGUGAAGAUCUGUGUGUAUUUGUUUGCAACUGUGUGUGUGUGUGUGUGUGUGUGUGUUUGUGUUAAACUCAAUGUGUAACAUGUUGCCUUUAACCAAGCUGUUCUGAGGGGAAAAAUGUGCCAAUGUUGCAAAUACUGGCAACAUUCCCAACCACCAGCCACUGGAUUCAGUAGUAAAUGCUCGCUUGGUUCUCCAUGUUGCCUUAGAAAUAAUGCACAAUAAGAAUGAAUGUUGGUUAUUAGUGAUAAGAGGCCAUUUCCUUGCCCUAAUUCCAGAGCAGGUGAAGGUGAUACGUUAACAGUAAAACAUUGAUUGUGCCAUUUGCAGGAAAGGUUUUUGGUGGCGUUUAGAUAAAAUGAAAAUACAAUUUUUGUAAAAGUCUUUUUCGGGGCUUUAUGGUUGGUUGAUUUUAUCAGUUUGAUACUUUGACUUGUCCUAAUUUAAUGAGAACUAUAACGUGACUUUGAACUCAAGAGGUUUCAGAAGUUACGCUACAGAAAAUGACAACAUUAUGUCUGUUUGGGGUCUCAGACUCCAUCUGUAAAACAUGUUUGAAUACAGUGGAUUUUCCUAAGCUCCAUA